CCGCCGCCGCCCCGGGAGCUGCUCCGGCCGCACCAUGCGGGAGCUGGCCAUCGAGAUCGGGGUCCGAGCCCUGCUCUUCGGGGUCUUCGUUUUUACGGAGUUUUUGGAUCCAUUCCAGAGAGUCAUCCAGCCAGAAGAGAUCUGGCUCUAUAAAAAUCCUUUGGUGCAAUCAGACAACAUACCUACCCGCCUCAUGUUUGCAAUUUCUUUCCUCACACCCCUGGCUGUUAUUUGUGUGGUGAAAAUUAUCCGGCGAACAGACAAGACUGAAAUUAAGGAAGCCUUCUUAGCGGUGUCCUUGGCUCUUGCUCUGAAUGGCGUCUGCACAAACACUAUUAAGUUAAUAGUGGGAAGACCUCGCCCCGAUUUCUUUUACCGCUGCUUUCCAGAUGGAGUGAUGAACUCAGAAAUGCACUGCACGGGGGACCCCGAUCUGGUGUCCGAGGGCCGCAAAAGCUUCCCCAGCAUCCAUUCCUCCUUUGCCUUUUCUGGCCUCGGCUUCACGACGUUCUACUUGGCGGGCAAGCUGCACUGCUUCACCGAGAGCGGGCGGGGGAAGAGUUGGCGGCUCUGUGCCGCCAUCUUGCCCCUUUACUGCGCCAUGAUGAUUGCCCUGUCCCGUAUGUGUGACUACAAGCACCACUGGCAAGAUUCUUUUGUUGGUGGAGUCAUUGGCCUCAUUUUUGCAUAUAUUUGCUACAGACAGCACUAUCCUCCUUUGGCCAACACAGCUUGUCACAAACCCUACGUCAGCCUCCGGGUCCCGACGUCGCUGAAGAAAGACGAGCGGCCCACAGCUGACAGUGUGCCCAGCAUGCCCCUGGAAGGUAUCACCGAAGGCCCUGUAUGA